AUGCUCCUCUACUUCGUGCUCGCCUCUGAGUUGGUGCACCUGAACGUGCAGCUCUCGGUAUUCAGUGUGAUCUGCGCCAGCCUCGUGUGGGAGUUCUUGCUGUAUGUGGCGGUUCUGAUCUUUUUCACAGCCGCUUUCGCUUCGGCUGUGGCCUGCUUGCCCCAGUCCUUGGGCACGAACUCUAUACAGCUGCGAGACUUCUUCGGUUGGCCUUUGGCCUUCGAGUCGAUGCUGUCAAUGGCCUUCAACUCCUAUGGAGGCAAUAACUACGAGGAGAUAUCUGUCGCAGACGAACCAUUGCUGAAAUGGUUUGUGAUGGCAUUCGCUGCGUGCUGGCACGUGUACCUCAUGAAUCUCAUGGUUGCACAGUUGUGCCAACGCUACAACGACAUCUUCCACGACGCGCGGGGCAAUGCACGACUGACCCGUGGCAUCAACAUUUACGAGACCUCCAUGCCAUUGAUCUCCAAGACUCGAUGGGCUCGCUUCGUCGAGUCCCUGCGACUGGGGGAAGCUUGCGAGCUGGACGAAGGCGAUAACGGCCCUCGCGGCGCUGUGCCGACCGUCGAGAACCCGUAUGACUAUUUACAGUAUCCGGCAGUGGAGCUGGAUCGGGUGCAGCGCUAUGGAGGCCUGGCGAAUCCCGAGCUUCCCUGGCCAAGCCUUGACGAGGCCGUGGAUGACAGCGCAGUCGGUCGGUUGACAAGGAUGACCAAGGGCAAGUUCGAAGAGAUGGACAGGCUCAUGGUGGACAUGGCCGUCAAGCUGGGUGUGCGGUCUGCUAGCCUUUCUGGCAGCGGCACCGAAAAUGCCUCGCAUGCCUCACAGCACAAGGAUAACAGCAAAGUCAUGGACACGGAGCCGACAGGGCACAUGAAGGCCCCGGUGUCUCGUUCCUGUUCAGGCACAGGUGCCGCCCAAGUGAGUUCUCCGGUUCGGUCAAACUCGGUUUCAUUUCAGACAGUUGGCUUUGCUGCCUUUGCGAGCCUGGCCCCUUGUGGGCCUUGCGCAGGAGGAGGAAAUUGA